AUGGUCCUACAGCAUUUGGAGUCGCUGGUUUUCCAACACCGCAGACCGAAAUUUUGGGCCCGCUAUGGGGAUGAUACCUUCGUCGUCAUCGAACGCGAUCAAGUGCUGGAAUUCGAAGAAUUCCUCAACGCCGUCUUCCCGGACAUUCAAUUUACGAUGGAGGAGGAGGAAAACAAUCAGCUGGCCUUCCUGGAUGUCCUCGUCUGUCGCAAAGAUUGUGGUGGCCCAAAAAACAAAGUAGUCAGGAAAACGACAAACACGACUCAAGCACUGAACUACAACAACAACCAUCCAAUCAGGCACUAA